CAGUAAAGAUGCGACCUGUACACAUACUGGCAUUAGCAUGCAGUCUUAUCUUGAUUCACAAAGGUGAAGCUGAUGGAAAUAAGUUACAUCCUGUUGGUCCGCCGGUAAAUCAGAGGAGUAUCCGAGAAGUAAGCUCUUUUGCCAAUGGAGGGCAACCUUGGCCGGGAUACAGAGAACCUGGCUCUUCGCUCCCAGAAAUUCUUAGUCCACCGCGUCGAGCAGGGCAGCCGGGUCAACCAGGUAGGCCAGGAGGAAAAGGAGGAUCAGGCGGAAACGGAGGAGCAGGCGGAAACGGAGGAGCAGGUGGAAACGGAGGAUCAGGUGGAAAGGGAGGUGCAGGUGGGGCAGGCGGCAGCUUAAAAGGAAAAGGAAAAAAGAAUGAAUUCAAUUGCUUUGGUUAUAGUGAUUACUAUUAUGGAUAAUCCUUGUUGUCACAUAAAAACUUGUUUGCAAAAUGAAAAAAUAUUUACAGUUAACUGGUAAUCAAAAAGCACAAUAUUAGUUAUGUGACUUAUAUUUUUAUCACUUUUUAGGUUUACCACAUUAAUGCAAAUUAACUUUUUUACUACCUUUUGUGUUUGUUAUUGUCAGAGUGCUAUAGUAGAAAAAAUUGUAUGCGAACUAAAAAAGAUAACAAUAUAUUCUUUAAAUGUUUAAA